AUGGAGCAGGAGUCGGCGCCGUCGCAAGUCCAAUCUGCGCCCGAGGAACCCGUCAAAUCAAUUGAGGGCGAUGGAAAGGGUGAUGGGACGGUUCCCUCCGGGAUUACUGAUGAACAAUGGCGUGCCAUGAUGGAUGUUGUGAUGGCGAUCUACGAUUUCAGAGAAGAAGACGUGAAUAAACGAAACGUCCCAGAUUACUACGAGAUCAUCAAGGAGCCCAUGGCUCUGAGCAUCCUAAAACAGAAGAUCAACAAGAGAGAAUAUCGGCAUUUCACGGAGUUCGUCCGAGAUUGCGCUCUGAUUCCUCAUAAUGCGCAAACCUACAAUCGUCCCAAAUCUCAAGCGUACGAAGACGCACUAGUCAUCAAGGACGUGUUCAUCGCGGAAUUCCAGAAGCUGGUAGACCAAGGAAUCAUCUCCGCCGAAGACGCCGAGCUUCCCGACUUGGGAGAAAUUCCAGAAGCCGAUCCUUUGCCUGAGGAAGAAGAGGAAGAGGAAGAAGACGAGGAAGAUGAGGAGGACGAAGAAGACUCCGAUGACGACGGACGACGGAAGAAGAAACGCGGACCUCGUCCCGGAAGCAAACGUGAAGGCGGCAAGGAGGACGGCCCCAAAUCCACCGACCCAGAACAGCGAAAAAAGAGAGGUCGACCGCCGCGCGUCGAUACCCCGAUGGAGGCUAGGAUCAAAGCGGUGUUAAAGGGCAUUCGGAAGUUGAAAGGUCCCAGCGGGAUGCUCAAAGUACGACACUUUGAACGUUUGCCCGACAAAGCCGUCUACCCAGAUUACUACAUGGAGAUCAAGGAGCCUAUCGCGAUCGACAUCAUCAAGCGCAAGUCCAAGCGCAAGAAGUAUAACUCCGUCGACCACUUCAUGCGCGAUAUGGACCUCAUGUUCAACAACGCCAAAGCCUACAAUCAGUCCGAAAGCCAGAUAUACAAGGACGCCGUUGACCUUCAGGCAGAAGCCCGAAGGCUGGCCGAUCUGGAAAAGAAGAAACCUGACAGUGAGUACUUGAUGGAGGACGGACGUCUGCCCUUGCCGGACGGCAUCCUCCACAAGGGCGAGCUGUGGAAGGUCGGCGAUUGGGUACAUAUUCAGAACCCGAAUGAUGUAACAAAACCCAUCGUUGCCCAGAUAUACCGUACCUGGCAGGAUUCGGAAGGUGACAAGUGGGUGAAUGCCUGCUGGUAUUAUCGACCGGAGCAGACAGUUCACCAGGUUGAAAAGCACUUUUAUCCAAAUGAGGUGGUCAAGACCGGGCAGUACCGUGACCAUCGGAUCGAAGAAGUGGUGGACCGAUGCUUCGUGAUGUUUUUCACUCGUUACAGCCGCGGACGGCCAAGAGGACUGCCUCCUGACAAGGAGGUUUACGUUUGCGAGGCUCGUUACAACGAGGAGAAACAUAAGCUCAAUAAGAUUAAAACGUGGGCAAGCUGUCUGCCGGAUGAGGUGCGGGAGAAAGACUACGAGAUGGAUCUGUUUGACGUGCCGCGGAGGAUCAAGAAGAUCCCCAGUCCGAUUAAACAUCUACUCAAGAGUGAUGCAAAGGAAACAGACGAUCUUCCGAAGCCGACUUGGGGAGCUGAAAAUGCGCCUCCGAUCGUUGGCGCUGUCCAUUGCCGUCCGCGAGACGAAAAUGAUUCUCCUCCCCCAGAACCUACACCCACACCGCCGCCAUCACUCCCGCCGCAGGCCAUGCCUUCCAUUCAACGACAGCAGUCGAUCCAAUCAUCGCACCGCCCAAGCAUAGACAGCCCUGGUCUACCUGGGGCUACGCCCGUGCCUACACGCUCGCCAGCUGCGCCACUCACCGCGGUGCAACAGUCACCAGUGGCCGUUCCCCCAGUAGCCUACCAACAACCUCAGGUACCGCCGGCGCAAAUGUACCAGCCCGCUCUACAACGGCGAGCUAGCGGCUUUGCGCCCCAUACCCCCAAUGCGCCAUUCCAGACGCCUGGCAUGCCUCAUCCAUACGCCGCUGCACAGCCUUCCCCAUAUACACCGUACCAGACAAACCGCAUGCAGGUACCGCCAGCCUCGAUGUACAACCCCAACGCUCCCCGUCCUAUCGAGGUAUUCCACCUGAGCGAUGCAGCCAACGCGGCCAUCCCGGCCGAUAUCAGGGAACAAUUCCACUGCGAUGACUAUGGCCAUGUGCUCUUCUUCUCAUCCCCGCCGCUGGACAUCACCCCCUCCGUUCAGCAGAAGCUCGGCCACUCACUCAAGUACCUUGCAGCGAAGGAGGAGCGUCGAAAGCUGGUCGAGGCGCAGAAGCGCAAGGAAAGAGAAGAGCAAGAAGAGCGCGAAAAGAGCGCAAAACGUCAACGGGCCGACGAGGAGACGGCGCUUGCAGCCCGGGUCGAGGCACUGACGUCCAAAGCCGUCGAUGUCAUGACGAACCAGGUCAUGAAGGGGACGGACACAAUCUACGAGAUUCUCUAUCACGACAAUGCGGCGAAGGCGAAGGAAGCCGAUGCAAAGGCACGUGAGCAGAGACUUCUCGCGGAAAAGGCAGCCCGCAGAAUCACCGCGCAGAUCCAGGCGCAGUCAGAGAAGGCAUCCUUUGUCAGCCUCAAGGGAAGCGCGCUCUACAUGGAUGAAGUUGACAAUGGGCCUUGA